AUGGCCGAGCUGUGUCCGCUGUCCGAGGAGUUGUCAUGCUGCAUCUGCAAGGAGCUCUUCAAGGACCCAGUCACCAUCCCAUGCGGCCACAACUUCUGCAUGUCCUGUCUGGACGAGACCUGGGCCUUCCAGGGCAAGCCCUACCGGUGUCCCCAGUGCCGCGCCUCCUACACCACGCGCCCGCUGCUGCACAAGAACACUGUGCUGUGCGCCGUGGUGGAGCAGUUCAGGCAGGCCAGUCAGGCGCACGCGCAGGCCUGUGACAGAAAGCCAACUGGCUGCGUCCAGGACCAGGACUGGGUGCCCUGCCACCAGUGCCCCAGGGAGAAGGCCGUGAUGACCUGCCUGGAGUGCAUGGCCUCCUUCUGCCUUGUGCACCUGCAGCCGCACCUCAACGACCCGGCCUUCCGGGACCACCCUCUACAGACCCCUAUGCCUGACCUGCAUGUCCACAAAUGCCCCCAGCACUACCAUCUGCAGGAGUUCUUUUGCCCUGAGCACAGCAAGUGCAUUUGCCAGAGCUGCCUGGUGGAGCACAAGGUCUGCUCACCAGUAACCCUGAGCCAGGCCAGCGCUGACCUGGAGAGCAAGCUGAGACAGAAGCUCAGCAUCAUGGACAGUGAAAUCAGCAAGGCAUCCCUAGCACUGGAGGACCUGCAAGCCAGGAAGCAAAGAGUUCAGGAUGCUGCAGACCGCAAGAUUGAGCAGGUGACACAGGAAUACCGGGAAAUGAAGGUGCUGAUUGACUCCUCCGAAUCCAACACUAUUCACAAGAUAAAGGAAGAGGAGAAGAGGGUCCGCAGUGAGUUCGACAGUGCUUAUCAGAUUCUGCUCAAGAAGAGGAAUGAGAUCCAAACCCUAAAGGAUGAGCUCGAGCUCAACCUGGCUGAGAAGAACAAGUUCGAGUUUGUGGAGAAAGCAUCCAAACUGCGAGAAAUUUCCACAAAGCCAGUCUACAUUCCCAGGGUGGGGGACGAGCUGAUGAAGGGCAUCUGCCAGGCCACCGUGGACCUCAAGAAUAAGCUGAGCCGGGCUGUGCAGCGGCUCCAGGACAAGAAGUUCCCACCUUCAGACACACUCUGUUUGGUGCCAUUGAAGAUGGAGAUUGACCACAUUUGCAAGGUUGGAAUAUGACCAUUCUAAGAACAAAGAGCACCUGGGGUAAACCACGUGAAGAAGCUGCUUCAGCCCAGAGAAUACCUAGCCCCAAGUCUCAACAGUGGGUUGCUAGGACAAUGGGAUGUCAUGAAGUUGCCAAAAGGUUUAUAUAAACACCCCUGCAGGGAGGAGCCAGUACCUUACCUCCCAUGUGGAGAGUGGGGCUCCACCUGACUCCA